AUGUACGAGGUUAUCAAAGAUAGUGGCUACAUUAGCGCCUCCAUGAAAUAUUUAAAUGCGAUACUAGCAACUGAAAUUUCAGUUUCUUAUAUAUCUAUUCAAUUUGUUAACGAAAAAGGUUGGAAGUCACUAAAUCCCAAAGUAGUGUCUCAUGUCGGAAUGCUACUAUUAGAGGAAAUGGCUAAAAUGCUGAAAUCGAGAAAUGUGACGUUAAAAAAGUUUUCUGUGCGCCUUUUCGAGAUGCCAUCAGACGACCCUAUUGAAAAAGUUAUAUCACAGUUGGAUGUAAAAGUUUUGGUAUUGAAGAGAGACUGGGAUGAAGAUGAUGAAGAUAAGAAGCCUAUUUUCCAUCAAAUAGUUGAAUCGGAUAACUGGAAAAAGCUCAAAGCG